UUUCGUUUCCAAAUUUGUGUUUCUGUCUUAUCCCUUUUCUCUCGCCUUAGCCCUCGCAAUUGCCCGCUCUUCGUUAUCAUCACCACACCCGUGAAUCGGAAUCGCAAUUCGCCGGAACCUUGGCCGAUUUCCGAUGGCAAAUUCUCUAAUUGCCGGGACGUAACUGUAAUCUUGGUCCAAUUUUGGUUCUCGGAGAAGUGAAGCUGAUGAUAUAUUUCCGUCGAGGAUUUGUUUGAUUGAAUUCGGGUUGGUUUCAGUAGAGAUUUCUUAUGCGAGGAAAUUUUUUUUGAUGAUUUCUAUGGGAACUUGGAAGAUAUGGAAAAGGGUGGAUGUACUUUUGAAGUUGAUUGAAGGAAACAUGGAUGUUCCAGACCUCCACAUUAAUUCAAGGCAGAAUGAAGGGUGUUAGAGACUGGUUAUUUUCUCAAUUGGUAUCCAAGUCGGUGGUUUCAUCUAGACCAUUACUGGGGAGUGACAGUUUCUUUGGUGAGGAAGUCAAGGAACACAUGGAUGAAGACCAAGAUGAUCAAGUUGCACAUGCAACCACUGCUGUAGCACCUAGUGGCCCUCAUACAUCAGUCUCCAGUGGGCAUUUGGAAAAUCAACAUGAUUUGUCCCUGGAGCCGGUUCCUAGUGGAGAUUCACCCCAAUCUCAACAUAGCUCUAACAAGGCGAAGAUGGAUGUGUUGACAAAGAUUGAGGACCUCCAAGUUCAAUUCUUUCGGCUUCUACAGCGAAUUGGACAGACACAGAACAAUUUGCUAGUGGAAAAGGUUCUGUAUCGAAUACAUCUAGCAACUUUGAUACAGGUAGGGGAAUCGGAUCUCAAAAGAGUAAACCUUGAAAGGGGUAAAGCCAGAGCAAUAGCAGCUGAACAAGAAGCAGCUGGGAUACAAGAAUCAAACUUCGCAUUUAGAAUACUUGUACUGGGAAAAACAGGAGUUGGUAAGAGUGCUACGAUAAAUUCCCUCUUCGAUCAAGCAAAAACUGCAACUAAUGCAUUUCAACCUGCAACUGAUCGUAUUCAGGAGAUUGUGGGAACAAUUAAUGGGAUUAAAGUCUCCAUCAUUGAUACCCCUGGUUUUUCACAAUCCUCGUCAGGGAGUAUGAAGAGAAACAAGAAAAUUAUGUUUUCUGUGAAGAGAUAUAUAAGGAAAUCCCCACCAGAUAUUGUUCUGUACUUUGAACGCCUUGACCUCAUAAAUAAGAAUCAUGCUGAUUACCUUUUGAUGAAGCUAAUAAAUGAGGUCUUUGGUUCUGCAAUUUGGUUUAACACCAUCCUUGUCUUGACCCAUUGUUCCUCAGCUCUUCCGGAAGGACCUGAUGGAUAUCCUGUCUCCUUUGAAUCAUAUGUCGCCCAUUGCUCAGAGCUUUUGCAGCAAAAUAUACACCAUGCAUUGUCUGACUCGAGACUUGAAAAUCCCGUUCUUUUGGUUGAGAAUCAUCCUCAGUGUAAGAAAAAUGUUAUGGGGGAAAAAGUUUUACCAAAUGGACAGGUCUGGAGAUCACAUUUCUUGUUAUUGUGCAUUUGUACUAAAGUUUUGGGCAGCAUUAGUACCCUAUUGAGAUUUCAAAAUUGCAUUGAGCUAGGGCCAUUGGCUAAUACCCGGCUGCCUUCACUUCCCCACUUACUCUCAUCUAUUCUAAAGCACCGAGGUACGUCUAGUCCAUCUGGUGCGGACUAUGACAUUGAAGCUAUUCUACUUGGUAACAAUGAAGAAGAUGAGUAUGAUGAUCUACCUUCUAUUCGCAUCCUGACAAAAUCCCAAUUCGAGAAAUUGUCAAGCUCACAGAAAAAGGAAUACCUCGAUGAGCUGGAAUACAGGGAAACACUAUAUUUAAAGAAACAGUUGAGAGAAGAGUAUCAAAGGCGGAGGGAGAUUAAGCUUUUAAAAGAUAAAGAUCUGGUGCACAAUGAUAACAAUGGUGGUUCGCAGGCAUUUCCGGAGGCGGAGGCUGUUCUGUUACCAGAUAUGGCUGUUCCACCCAGUUUUGACCCGGAUUGUCCUGCUCACAGAUAUCGUUGCAUUGCAACUGAUGAUCAGUGGAUUGUCAGACCUGUUCUUGACCCACAAGGAUGGGAUCAUGAUGUAGGCUUCGAUGGGAUAAAUUUGGAAACGGCCAUGGAGAUGAACAAAAAUGUUUAUACCUCGAUCACUGGACAGCUAAGCAUGGAUAAGCAUGUAUUUAACAUUCAAUCCGAGUGUGCUGCUUCUUACAUUGAUUCCAGGGGAUCUUCUUAUACUUUAGGUCUAGAUGUUCAAUCUUCUGGUGCAGAUAGGAUGUACACUGUUCAUAGCAAUGCUAGGCUGAGGAGCAUCAAGCAUAACCAUCCUGAAAUUGGAGUUUCUAUGACAUCUUUCAAGAGAAAUUGUUAUUAUGGUGCCAAGCUUGAAGAUACCGUACAUAUAGGUAAGAGAGUGAAGUUUGUAGCAACUGCAGGUCGCAUCGAAGGACCAGGUCAAGUGGCAUAUGGUGGGAGCAUUGAAGCUACUUUAAGGGGUAGAGACUACCCAGUGAGGGAUGACCAUGUCAGUCUAACAAUGACUGUCCUCUCUUUCAACAAGGAAAUGAUCUUGGGUGGCAACGUCGGGUCUGAGUUUCGGCUUAGCCGAAGCUUGAGAGUAUCAGUUAAUGCCAACUUAAAUACACGUAAAAUGGGUCAGAUCUGCAUAAAAUCAAGUAGCUGUGAGCAUUUGCAGAUCGCCUUGGUUUCUGCUUUUACAAUUUUCAGAGCCCUUCUGCGUAGAAAGGAAAUUGAAACGCUGUAGUUUCGGAUGAUCUGUGCUGAUUUUGAACUCAAAGAUGACUUCUCUGCAACCUGGAACUGAAAACAACUGGUCUUCAGUUCACACAGAGACCCAAAUAUGAUUAAUUUUCCUUGUGUCUGUAUUCCAUUGCUUUCCCAGAGAAGUACAUUACUGAUUGCUAGCAGAGCCAGGCGUUUCCGCCGAACGGUUCUUGAGAGAGGUUUGUAUACUUGGGGGAAAAUUUGAGUUGAUAAUUGUACAGCGAUAGGUGAAGUUAGAUUUUGUUCUUAAACUUCCAGAAUAAAUUCCAAUUUUGUAUUUUUUGAACUUUUUCCUUUCUAAGAUUGAUAGAUUUUGGUGUCUUA